CCGAUGGUUGGUUUAGGAGUAUAAAAAGUGGAGUGGUGUGGAAGCCUCCCUUUGCUUUUGUGUUGUCGUGUGCUCUGCAGAAUUUGAAGGUUCUGUUUAGGGAGAGAGAGAGUAUCCAAAGCCUCUUUUGACAUAUCCAUAUUCGUGGCAAAAGCCUCAUUUCGAUCGCUCCAGGAAGAAACACAAGGUCGCAACUUAUCCCAAACGCAUAUCCCAAAGCCCAACACGUCGCCCAACCAUGAGCUUCGUCACAGUCUCCCUCAUCCUCCUCGUCGCCAUCCUCCUCUACAAAUUCCUCGCCCCACCCCCCUCCCUCGCCUCCCUCCCCUACGCACCCAUCCUCAAAACCCUCCGCGGCUUCAUCGGCAACGAGCCCUUCGACAUCCGCUACUUCCGCGACCGUGCCGCCAUCCAUUCGCCAAAAGAUGGCAUUGCGCGCCUGUGGAUCGUCGGCCGAUGGACGAUCGUGCUCACCAACCCGGAGUAUGCGAAGCAGGUGACGGCGAAUCCGAACAAGUUCCCGAAGGUGAUUAUGGCGGAUACGCCGUUGUUCAAGCAUACGCAUGUCGUCAAGGCGUUUGGACGGAAUGUGGUUGGUACCGGCGGCACCGAGUGGAAGCGGCACAGGAAUGUGGUCAGCCCGCCGUUUUCGCGCCCGUUAGACCCGGAGUUGUUCGCCAAGUCGGUUGAGAUGCUGAUUGCGCGCCUCAACGAUGCUGCUGCUGCUGCCGAGAAGGAUGCAGGCAAGGGGAUUGAUAUGUACCCCUGGAUGCAGCGCCUAACCCUCGACGUCCUCGGCAAAAUCAUCUUCAGCUUCGAUUUCGGCUCCCUCUCCUCCGCCGAACCCAGCCGCUACGUCACGCUCUACAACGACCUCAUCGCCGCCGUGCUCAAACCCAUCAUGUUCGUCUUCCCCUUCCUGCCCUUGCUGCCGCUCGAGUCCAACAGGCGCACUGAGAGGCAUAUUGAGGAGUUUAGGGGGUUGAUGAAGGGGAUGGUUGCGGAUCGCAGGCAGAGGUUGGAGAAUGUGCAUAUUGGGGAUGUGAAGCCGGCGGGGAAGACGUCCCAGGAUUUGUUGGAUAUGAUGGUGGAGUCGAGCAAUGAGAAUAAGGAUCCGAUGCAUCAUUUGAAUGAGGAGGAACUCAUCAACGAUUUGACAAUCUUCUUCGUCGCUGGGCAUGAUACGACCUCCAAUGCCCUCUCUAUUGCCCUCCACUACCUCGCCGCCAACCCCCACAUCCAAGACCGCGCCCGCAAACACGUUCGCACCGUCAUGGCCCUCCACCCUCGAAAUGCGUCGACUACGGACCCGACCCCCUCCAAACUCUCCUCCACAAUCCCCUCCGCAGACGCCAUCCGCAAAUUCAGCUACAUCCACGCCAUCAUCAAAGAAUCCCUCCGCCUGUACCCCUCCGCGACCGCCCUGGGCUUCCGCCGCUGUGUCGAGGAUACACGUUUCGGAACACACUUGGUGCCCAAGGGGACGUGGCUGCAGGUCGAUAUCUUCGGUAUGCAUCGUGACCCGGCUCUAUGGGGCGCCAACCCGGACGAAUUCGACCCGGAGCGGUUCCUAGCACCCCCCGAAAAAACCGGCAACGAAGAUGAAGACGAAGACGAUCUCCUCGCCGCCCCGCGCGCCAUGCAAAACCAUCCCGGGUGGAUGCCCUUCGGCGGAGGCAGCCGGAUCUGCCUGGGGAUGCAGUUCAGUCUUAUGGAGCAGAAAGUCGCGCUUGCGAUGUUGUUGAACACGUUCAGGUUCUCGUUGCCGGCUGGUGACCCCGACGCGCAUCAUAUUACGCUUACGACGGGCGGGUUGUUGAGGCCGGAGGAGGCGAGGAUUUGUAUUGAGCGGCUUUGAAGUCGCGCUCGAGAUUUACCUACUUGCAAACCAGGUCUUGCGUUUGUUUUCUUUCGAUUUCUUUAACCCCCACAUCUGUACAUAUGCCAACACCCCCGCGCCCGGUUUCCGAGUUUUGUGAUACCCCAAUACCCCACCGCCUGAGUUUCUGUUUGAUUCCCUUGCAUGGAAAACCCCUCCAUCGCGAUCCCAUACUCCUCCUCAGUUACCACAAGAUCCACGAUGCGUUGCUAACCUCUCGUUUUUGAUUCUCUUUCUGAGUUUCGUCGCAUUCUGUACUACUGCUUCAAAAUAAAGAAAACUCGAGCCGAA